ACAUUUCACAAAAGUAAAACGUUAAACAACGUUUAUUGCGUAGUAUACAACAAUAAUGUACAUUUAUAUGUCAUAUAUGCAUUUUGUGUAUAGAUAACAGCAAAGAGAAAAUUUUGUAUUCUAAUAGUAUUGUAGUUUAUAAUUUUAUAUUUAAUAAAAUAACGUAAAAACAUUUGUUAAGUGUUACAGUAAAAUAUAAUGUAAUGAAAACAAAAUAUUAUGAUACAGGUAUAUUAUAAAAAAAAUAUAUUAACAAGAUGGCAGAGAAAACAACAGUGGGAGGCAUUCCGAUUGAAUGUUUAACUGGAGAACCUGCAAUUAUUUGGUCUGGUUGGCGUAUAUUAGGGGACAGAGAACUUGUUAGAGAAGCCUCUGCAAAGGGCACUCACAUUAAUCUUGCUUAUAAAUGUCUAGCUUAUAGAAGGAGAUGUUCUAUCGAAGAUGCUCAGCAUUAUUUCAACAAAGAAGUUGAAACUUGGAUUAUAGAACUUCUAAAGAAACAUCAAAUUUACAGGGCCUCUCAUGUUUUAAAUAAUAUGGACAAAAAUCCAGUAGAAUAUAUAUUCAAAGUUUGUGUAAAUUGCAAGGAUUUUACAUUAAGAAAUUAUUUAUCAGAAUAUCUAAUAAGUGUUGCACACUUUGAAAAUGAAUACAUAGAUUCAUGGAAUAUAAUAAAAAGUAUUGUAAAAUUUGAACAAAAAUAUAUGGUUGAAGAUGGCUUGAGCUCUUCUUUAUGUAUAGAGGAUAUUAUAAAAUUACCAGAAGAUAUAAAACAAGCAUUAUGUACUGAAUUAUAUUUUUCUAUAACUGAACAAUCUCUUUCAAAAAAUAUAACUAAUACUAUGCUAUGGGAUUAUUUACUGUCAAAUAAUAAAAUUGAAUUAAUGAGAUUUUGGAUUGACAUUUACUAUGGCAGUGAUACAAUAGAAGAAGUAAACGAAGUUAAUGAAGAAUACAAGUCGUUAUUUCAUACUUUGGAUAUAGUACCAGAUAUGAUUGAAGCUAUUGAUUCUUCAGAUGCCAGUACUCUUAUAAAAGAUCUAGCUAAAAAUCAUUUAUGUAGGUAUGGCGUAUUUGUAGAGAGAGAACAACAUGAUGUAAAAUUAUUACUAGCACGUAUAUUUUCCAGUACAAUGACAAUAUCAAAAUUCAAUACAAUAUUAUCGUAUAAAUCUUGUAAUAUUAAUAAAACUGAAUUUAUGAAAAAAAUUGACAAGGAAUUGUGUCUUGCACAUUGCUUGAAUGAAACAAGUACUCAGGAAGAUGAAACCAAAAUCAUUGAAUUGUAUGAUGUAUUGACAAAAAUGUGUGAAAAUCAAGAACCGUUACAAGAUAUAUUAACAGAAGGAAUUUUUAAAACAAUUUACUAUCUUUCUGAUGAUGUAACCGAAUAUUUGAAGCAAAAUUAUUUAAUAGUUUUAGUAUUGAUAUUUUCAUACCAGGCUAGAGAAAGUACCAUAUGCAAUCAAGAUAAAGACACAGUACUAAAAGAAAUUACUCUAAAAAAUAUAUUUACAAGUAAAAAUUCUCUGCAAUUAUGCAACUAUGAUAUUUCGAAUGAAAUUCUUCAGAAUACGUUAAAACAAGUGCCAAUUCUUGAAUCCAUCAUAAAAAAAGAACCAAAGAACAAAGUUACAAUGUAUGAAUUAUUAGAUGGUUACAAAAAUUUGAACGUUAAACAAUUAUAUAAGUGGCGUUUUAAUAAUGAACCAAUGCCUCAUUUUUCUAAUGAAACUCUUGUUAAAAAAUAUGGAUAUACAGAAGAUUUAACAUAUAAAUACUAUUUGAAAGAAGCCCGUCCUAAUAUGGCUAUAUUUAGCUUAAAACAUUCCCAAGGAAAACUAAUUGGAAAUAUUUCUUCUAGAAGGAAAUAUAAAGCGGCUCUGUACGCGCAUAAUCUUGCCUUACGAAAUUUAGAGAAACCCGAAAUUUUACAUACUUGUAUUUCUUUCAUGGAAAUAUUAGGUAUUGAUUCAGAAAAUUUAAGGCUGCAUAUAACCGUGGCAAAUUACAUUUAUAAACAGAUUAAUAUUCUUAUUGGAAAUUUGCUAGAAAAUAUAAUAUACAAAAAUGAAAAUGAUUUAAAGACUGUAAUGUCUUAUCUUGAAAGUAGUUUUCAAACAAGUUGUACUGAAAGUUCAAUUAAUGAUAGUCAAGAGUUCAUAAAUGUAUUAAAAAUAUGGGAUGUUAUUGUACGAUUUGCAGCAGCACACAACUUUGCUUUCCCAAUCAGCUUUUUAAAAUUUUUAGCAAGUAAAAAUUACUGGUUUGAAUUUGUAUUAGUUUGUCACAUCUUUAAUUAUCCCCUAAACCAGAUAUUAGAAAAUAUAGAACAUUUUGAAGACACAAUUCUCAAAGAACAUUUAUUAACUUGUUUGAGUAAUAUUCAACUCACUAAAUCUCAAUUAGCUGUAUGUAAUGAACAAAAGAUAAAAUCACGAGAUGUUAGACAAUCACUAUAUUACAAAAUUGGAGUUAAACAAAGUGGAUCACCCAGUUAUGAUUCAUCAGUCACAGCAGAUUUAGCAAGCACUUAUGAUUCUCAUAAUAUAAAUGAAUAUAUUGUAAAUGAUAACAUUUGUUCUCCAAAUGAUGAUUUGUGGUUGAUUAUAUUGAAAUGUCAUCAAAGCCCAGAUCCACCUGGUGCUUUAAUCAAUUCAUCCCAGUUAACUUCAAAGCCUUUCCUUGUAGUUUUAGCAUCCUGUUAUGAGCCAUCUUCAAUUGCAACAUAUUGUUAUUCAUGGAUGGUAAUAUCUACCACAGAUAAAGAAAUUCUUUCUAAUUAUAAAGAAUGUUUAGAACAACAAGUAUGGACAGCUAACCAAGUUUAUAACUUAUUGGAUCAAAUGGUAACAUAUGGAUAUAUUACUAUCGUUAGUAAAGCUUACAAAAUUUUUAUGCCUGAAAGUCUCUUCAAUUUAUUUUUUGACUUUCUCAUAGAAUGUGUAAUUUAUGGUGAUUUUAAAAGCUGCCAACAAAAAUUAUUGGAUUUUAAAGCACAAUGUGUAGAUCUCAAAUGUAAUGAAGCUAUAGAUUGGAAUUGCUCAGAUACCACAUACUUGAAUAAUUUAUACUGGAUUGCAAUUGUUACAAUUAAAUGCCUUAUUGCAACACUCGCUCAUGGUCUAAGAAGUACACAUCUCCAAAUAAAAUUUCUCGAAAUUUUGAUAAAAUGUAACUUUUAUAAGAAUUUUCCAGGUUUCGUUCCAAUCUUUCCAUUUUUGCUACAAGUUAUAAAAAUUCUUCAAAAAACAAAUGUUACAUUAGAUUUUGCGGCAUUUACAGUAUCAGACAAUGUAUAUAAUUUUGAUACAGAAAUUCAUAGAUGCAUUAAUGAUUUAAUAAGAACUGAAGAUUAUACUAGCGCAUUAAAAUUAUCAAAUGUAGCGGGAUUUAAUUCGUCUGAAAUAAUCUUAGCUCAGUGCCGAAGUAAAUUUAAAUAUCAUAUACAAAAAAAUGAGAAAAUUGAAGAUAAUUUUUGGAACGAGUGUGCAUUAAAUUUUAAAAAAUACAACAUUUCAUAUGAAAAAGCAGCAGAAUUUUUUGUUGAGCAUGCUGAAAAAGUUACUUCUCAUAAAGAAAGAUAUGAAAUAUUAAAACUAGCUUUUGAAACCUUGAAGAAUAUUGAAACAGAGCAACAAGAUGUUGAUGUUCUUGAAACAGCAAUGUGGAAAUCAUGUAUGUUAGCAGGUCCUGAAAAUGUGCAAUUAGAUGAUGGACCUUAUAUCUUCAAUAAACUAAAAACAGAAUUGUUAUCAGGAUUAAAUGAAUUGAAAUUUGGCUAUACCUUAAGUAACAUACAAGAGAAAAAUGCAAUUGAAAGUUUAAUUAAUACAUUAAUUGACUUAGGUAAACUGGAUACAGCAUUAAGAAUAAGUACAAUUUUUAAUUACAAACAUAAGGAUUUACAAAUUCUGAUGUUAUGUUUGAGUUUAGCAGAAGGAGAAAUUUCACCAAAUGAUUUAAAUAUUGAACAACAAAGUCUUCUGAAAGAAGUAAAUAAGAAUAAGCAACAAAAAUACAAUGCCUUAAAGAAUCGUGGUUUACAAAGAUUUUCUUCAGCUUCUUCAUUGAUCACUUCAAUCAGUACUGAAAUGAAUAAACUAAAACAUGAAGAUGUUCAUGGAAUACAAAUGGAGUGUUUAUCAAUUUUAGAAAAAUUACUUAAUAUCCUAGAACAUGGAGUAGACAUAUGUCUUCGCAUUGUAUUAUGUUAUAAAUUAGCCAUGCAACUGGAGAAAAGUUAUCAGUUCUUGUUAAUGUUAAACAAUCCAAUUGAAUUUUUACAAGAAAUUACAGAAAGUGAUAAUAUUAGAAAUAAAUCUGAAAUUAUUAAUGAUAUAGUUAUUGCAUAUAAAAUAAACAAUGAUAAUGUUGCAACAUUUUUGGCUGAAAAUAUCACUCUAAAUAUUAACCGUGCGGUAGAAGGUGGAUAUGAAAAUAACGUUUUCUUGUGGGGAUAUUCCUUAAAUACAAAUUUUCGUGUUAUUAUGGAACUAUGCAAUGAUGUCUCACUCCUUGGUUGGAAACUCUUAAAAACGGCAAAUAAAUUGCUUGGACAUUCUCAUGGCGAAAAAACAAGCGCAUUUACUCUGAAGACAAUUGCAGAAUUAUUAAUACGUGCUCAUGAUUGUUUUACAACUUCCUGCAAUAUGGAAGGGAUAGCAUCAGUAUUAUGUAAAUGUCAAAUUUUCGCAAAUGUUUUGCAGAAUCUUAAGUAUUGGACAUUACUAGUACGUCUUGUAACAGGUGUUGGUCGUUUCACAGAAAUGAAUUAUGUAUUUCAAAUUUUAAAAGAAAAUGAUCAGUUUGAAUUUUUACUUGGAAAAGGAUUAAAUAAGGUAAUAGGGCUAGAAACAGCAAUUUUGGAAUUCUUGAAGCGUCAUUGUCCUGAAAAUAAAGAACUUUUUACUCUGGUAGCUUUACAUUUCCAAUUAUAUCAUGAACUAGCGCAUAUGUGGAAAAAUGAAGCGAAAGAUAUAAUUAAUACAAUAAUAUCAGAUGCUACAAAAGAUCUUAUGAAAUUGCAAAAUACUGUUCAACAUGAAAAAAAAUUCAUCAAAACUGAAAAUAUUUUGAAACAGUUACACUUAGCUGUUACUAAUUAUACUCACGCAACAGAAUACUAUUUACAGGCUAAUAAAUUAAAUCUUGCUAAUCAAUGUUCCGAUCAAGUACAAUUAGUUGCUCUCCAACUUUCACUUUUUAAUACUGUGUCUUAUAAUCAACAAGUAAUCUGUAUACUUAAUUUAAAACCUGGAGAUAUUGAUAAAGUAUUAUGUCAUAACUUAAGCUUCUCUCAAGCUUUUAUUGUCAUUCAUGCGUAUAAUCAUCACGUAGAUUGGGCUAAUCUGAUUUAUAGCCAUUGUAUAUUAAAUGGAGAAAAAAAAUAUUUGAAAGAUUUUAUAGCAGCAAAUAAGCUCACCCCUGGUCUUGUAAGAAACUGUGUACGAAGGUACAGACUGGAAAAAAGCAUUACUCAUACUAUGACAGAUAACAUGAAAAUAUUAAUUUCUGAAUUAUCAGAUGUGGAGUGUAAAUAUGUAUUAGCCAGUCAACUGGGAUUUAAAGAUAUUGUAGAAACGAUGCUCAAUAAUCCUAUGAUAGGUGCAUAUCUAAAAGACACUGUAUGGAAAAAAGGAUAUAAUGCUAUUUAAAUAUUUUCUUUAAACUAUACAUUUCCUAUAAACAUUCAUAAAUGUUGUAACAUCCAAAGUGUAUAUGUAUGUUUUUAUUACUGUUUUUGAAUAAAUAGAUAUGUUUUUAUAUAUUUA